CAGCAACAGCUUCAGCAGCACUAUCUCCAGCAACACUACCUCCAACAACAACAUCACCAGCAGCAGCAGCAGCUCCAGCAACAGGCCCUCUACCAUCAACAACAGCAGCAGCAGCAGCACUACCAGAUGAACGGCAUGAACGGCGCAACCAUGGGCGGCGCCGUCAUGCCCGCGCCAACCCCUGCCGGCCACCAGGCCGAGCUCAACUACAUCUACGGCAUGGUCGAGGAGUUGAGCAGGCAGCUGGCCGACAACAGGCGCGUCACCGAGGAGAUUGUCAACGGGCUGGGCAGGAUACGCAACAAGGCCAAGGCCCAGGGGCUGAGCAACGGCGACCUGAUUUCGUCUGCGGCGGACGACAUCAAUGCCCAGGAAACAAACCUCGACAGCCUCAUCUCCGAGCUCUCCGAGUCCUUCGACCGCGCCAAGCACAGCCGCGACGCCAACGCCGCCCUCCUCACCCAGUACGCAAACGCCCUUUCCCUCAUGCUCAAGCAGUUCCACGAGUACAAGGCCAAGCACGUCGCCGACGUGGCCGCCUGGCACCGCUCCUACCGCGCCCAGCUCGACGAGGCCCGUCGCGAGAACAGCCGGCUUCGCGAGCAGAUCUGGGAGAUGCAGACGCACGCCGGGCGCGCCAACGAGGCGCUGCGCACGUUCCGGCGGCGCUACGACGAGGACGAGGAGCGGUUCAAGAGGCGCGUGGACGACACUGCGCUGCGGCAGGAGCUGCGCUUCUGGAAGAGGAUGGCGAUGCCGGAGCUCGAGGACGAUGAUCCGUACUGGAGCGCGGACGACGAUAUCAUUGACGAGGCGGAGAAGGAGAGGUUGAGGGAGCUGGAGCUGCGGGCGGCGCAGGAGCAGCACAUGGUGGAUAGCCAGGGCGAGGACAGCGAUGAGCAGCAGCAGCAUCACUUGUCGUCCAUGGGCAUCAUGGGUGGUGUGGCCAUGCAGAGGGAGGAGUCGCUGCCUAUACCGCCUCCUCGGCCGCUGAGUGCGGCGUCCAGUACGGGGUCUACGGGUAGAUGAGAGGCGAUGGAAAGGGUGUAAGAUCGGAGGGUUCACGUCAGUGCAGUGGCACGAACGACUUGAGCAAGUCAAGUCUGGAGAGAUGUGAGGCGGAGUUUGAGAUAUCCGCAUCGUCACGAUGCUGCUUUACAAAGUGUAGAUA